AGACAGACAGACCAUGGAGCGGCUGGUUGUGUGUGUGCUGCUGUGUGUACUUCUGUGUGCGGUGCUGGUGAAGGGCUAUAACUGCCCCGGCCGCUGCAUCUGCCAGCACCUCUCGCCCACUCUGACUCUGCUCUGUGCUAAGACUGGUCUGCUGUUUGUGCCCCCAACCAUCGACCGCAAGACCGUGGAGCUGCGCCUCACAGACAACUUCAUCACCAUCAUCCGCAGGAAAGACUUUUUCAACAUGACCAGCCUGGUCCACCUCACCCUGUCCCGUAACACCAUCAGCCAGAUCACGCCCCAUGCCUUCCUGGGCCUGCGCUCCCUACGAGCCCUCCACAUGGACGGCAACCGCCUCAGUGUCAUCAAGAGCGACCACUUCAAAGGCUUGGUCAACCUCCGCCACCUCAUACUGGGGAACAACCAGAUCCACCACGUGGCCCCUACCUCCUUUGAUGAGUUUGUGUCGACCAUCGAGGACCUGGAUCUGUCCAACAACAACCUGAGGACCCUGCCCUGGGAGGAGAUAGGCAGGAUGAGCCACAUCAACACCCUCACCCUUGAUCACAACCUGAUCGAUCACAUCGGAGCUGGGACUUUCACGCUCCUCACCAAGCUGGUUCGUCUGGAUAUGACCUCCAACCGGCUGCAGAAGCUACCUCCAGACAGCCUGUUUCAGCACGCCCAGGUGCUGUCAGACGCCAAGGGCUCCAACCCGUCCUCCCUGGCAGUGAGCUUCGGAGGGAACCCUCUCCAUUGUAACUGUGAGCUGCUGUGGCUCCGCAGACUGACACGGCACGAUGACCUGGAGACAUGCGCCUCCCCGGACCACCUCAUGGACAAGUACUUCUGGUCCAUCCAGGAGGAGGAGUUCAUCUGUGAGCCCCCGCUCAUCACCAAGAACCUAUCCACCAAGCCCUACGUCAUGGAGGGCCAGGGGGUCACCCUCAAGUGCAAGGCCAUGGGAGACCCAGACCCGGCCAUCCACUGGCGCUUCCCAGACGGCAAACUGGUGCACAACAACUCCCGCACCAUCCUGUAUGACAACGGUACCUUGGACAUCCUCAUCACCACCCUGAAGGACAGCGGUGCCUUCAACUGUGUGGCCUCCAAUGCUGCAGGCAUCGCCACAGCUGCCGUGGAGAUCAACAUGAUCCCUCUGCCCCUGUUCGUAAACAACACAUUGCACCACAUGCGCGAGGCUGAUCGGGGCCUCUCUGACAUCACCACCUCCUCCAAGUCAGGCAACGACACCAAGGGCCAUGACAAGCACCAGGACAGGAGGGUGGUGGUGGUCGAGUUGACCUCCUCCUCGGCUGUGAUUCGCUGGCCCUCCGAGCGCCACAUCCCAGGCAUCAGGAUGUACCAGAUUCAGUACAACAGCACUGCAGACGACACACUGGUUUACAGAAUGAUCCCUUCCACCAGUAAGACCUUUCUGAUCAACGACCUGGCGGCGGGCCGGGAGUAUGACCUGUGUGUCCUGGCGGUGUACGACGACGGCAUCACCUCUCUGACGGCCACGCGCGUGGUGGGCUGUGUCCAGUUCCACACGGCCAGCGAGGUCAGCCAGUGCCGCUUCAUCCACAGCCAGUUUCUGGGCGGCACCAUGAUAAUCAUCAUUGGCGGCAUCAUCGUGGCUUCAGUGCUGGUGUUUAUCAUCAUCCUCAUGAUCCGCUACAAAGCCCACAGCAGCCCAGAGGACAGCAAGGUCAAGGUCAGCUCCAGCAUGCACUCCCAGACCAACGGCAGCCAGCACAGACUCCAGCGCUCCACCUCCAAACAGCCUUCUGAGGACAGCCACCAGAGAGAAGCCCAAACAGUGGCAGCCAAGGAGUGCAUGGCCCUGGUGCUGAAGGUCGAUAGUGACAAGAGGGAGUGGGACACUCCUCUGGCCACCACAGCCAUCCUGGAAGUGGAGCUGCCCCCCCUGCUCACGGACAAGGUGAGGAGGACCAGCCUGGACGCCCAGCGCUCUGGAUCUGGCCCCCCGUCAGAGGACACACAGACAGAAAGCAGCCUGACGGGCUCCACAAUGUCCUUGUGUCUCUUAGGUCCCAACGCCGGCACUAAGGAGGCCCCCAGGCUCAAGGACAAGAAGAGCGCCCUGGCCAACAUGGGGUUUAAUAAUGAGCUGGCACGAACUAGGCACAGGUUCAGCUUUGACGGGGGAGACUACUCCAUAUUUCAGAGCCACAGUUACCCCCGCAGAGCGCGGACGAGGCGGCACAAGUCUACAAACCAGCUCAACGUGGAGUCCUCGCCGCUCGCUAACCGGAGAGUCACUUUCAGCAGCACUGAAUGGAUGCUAGAGAGCACAGUGUAAGAGAUACAACCUGGCCUCUCUGGUUCUCUCAAAGACACACACACACACACACACACACACACCAACAGUUUGACACAUUUACACAUCUAACAAAUAAAGCUACAUGCAUACACACACAGACUCAGAGAGUUGCUAGAGAAGAACACAGUCCCCUUUCAUCCUGCCUCCCCUCAUACUCCCAGAGCGACACAGAGAGUUGUCGGCCAUUUCAUUAGUUUCUGCAGCAGUGCCUUAUUCUAAAAUAUGUACGAAUGGAGGAUGCUGCUCAUUGUAGUCAUUAACUUUCCUUUCUAUCAUGGUUUUCCCCCUGUUUCAUGGGGAGUGAUUCUUUGAGAUUUUUUUGUUCUAUGACAUGCCAAGGGUUGGGGCAGUUGUAACUUUUCCUUGUUAAAAAGACCCCACUGUAAAGUGAACAACCAGGUAUCCUGUAUGUUGAUCAUCCUUUGGGUUCUUUCAAAGACUUUUGCACACGAAGACACGACGAUACGAGAACAAGUAUCACACCAGUCUAUACAGUAAUAAAAAGAUUAUAGAACUAUACACAUGCCGAUUUCAAACGUUAGCAGAGAGGAUGGACCUGAAAAACCUGUGGACUCCUCCAUGCUGGUUGGACUGUAUGAUAUUACUAGCUAUUGUUCCUGAUGUGACUGUAUAUUAAUCGGUAUUGUAUCUGGCUGGUCUAGAUAAAAAACAAAAAAAAUACAUAUAGAAGUAUAUUAAAAACAUUGGUGUAUGUGUACUAUAUAAGUCAUAUGUCACAACUUUUUACUGAGCAUUUGGGUGUUGGCCACAAGUUUUUACAUUAAAAACCUGCGUCCUCACACUUCCCCCUAUUUAGUAUGACAAGGUUUGGACCACUGAUCCCUUAUGAGAGGGUAUUAAAUUUUUUGUGUGGGUUAACUGUACCGGUGGUGCACUGUCCUUUUCUUAUGGUCAUCCUGGAUCCUUUCAUCAAAAUCAUGAAAGCUGCUUGCACAUGGAUCAGUGGGAAGGCCUAUAUGCAUUAAGGCAUGUAUCUUAUCAAAUAUAUAUUAAGAUAUCAUAUCUUGUGCCUGUUGAGACAAACAUGUGGGAGACU